AUGCGAGUGUUGCUGGCGCCAGGAGGUCGAGCAUCACUGUGCCUCAGCAGCAGAGAGCGACGGAGCAGCGCUGCGCAGCCGCGGAUCGAGCAUAACACAAGACCAGCCCACUGCAGUGUGUCUCCUGAGCCUCUAUGGAGCACAGACGAGCCCAGAGACCAGAGACCAGCACAGAGGAACACACGGGCCCGCCCCACAAGAGCCCAUCACACGUGUCUCCUGAGCCUCUAUGGAGCACAGAGACCACAGACAAGAGACAAGAAACCAUCCCAGAAAUCAACCCAGAGACCAGCCCCGAGGAACACACGGACCCGCCCCACAGGCACCUACUACACGAUCUUUUCCUUGGUCGAUUCUCUCCUGAGACCUAAGCUUGAAAUCCAAAGAAUUGCUUAUGUGGACCUGAUCUACAAGUUCAGGCCUUGCUCUUUCCAACUCUUCACGGAGCACCCUGACCAGAGCGCUUUCCUGCCAGGGGUGAAAGGUCCUGGACCAGGGGUGGAAGUAGCUGGACCAGACGUCUGUCCUCUGGGUUUGACGGCUCCUGAAUGUUGGGAGAUACUAGUUGGGUCUCCUGUGGCCCUUGACCGCUCCUUGUUGGUGUGGGGCAGAGCAGAGCCUACAGGCACAGUCUCGCUGAGUGUGUUCCUGGUGUCAGUCGUGUUGGUGUUGUGCGGCGUUUGGCUCGUGGCGCUCUGUGGAGUCUGCACCUGGUGUCAGCGCAAACUGGGGAAGAGGAAUCUGCCUGGGGUGGAGGCUGCCAGCUCUCCCGAAUCUGUGAGAGGUCGAGGGGAAAAUAAAGCCAUCAAUGACCUAGACAGAGACUUCUGGAACAACAAUGACAGCAGUAACGUACAGCAGCGGUGGAGCUCGUACCCACCCAAAGAGUUCCUCCUCAACAUGUCCCCCUACGCUCCCUACGGAGACCCCCGCCUCACCCCCAAAGAGGGGAAGAUGGUUGUCCUGUCUCUAGCAAUCGGUCUGGCUGAGCAGGACGACUUUGCCAACCUCCCAGAUCUACAAGAAGCACCAGCCAACAAAGAAAAUGAAACCACGCCAGAAAAGAGACCAGGCAACAAACCCGGCAGCAGCCCCAGAGGUCAGACUCCAGACGAGGCCGGGCGUCGACAGGGUCAAGAAGGCCACUCGUCAGGCAAUGAUCUCGCCAACUCAGUCACCAGCGACAUGCUCAUGUUAUCUCCUGGUUCAGAAGAGGACGACCAUGAAGGUCCAGUGGUUGAGAAACUGGGCCGGAUUCAGUUCAGCGUUGGAUACAGUUUCCAGGACUCCACGUUGACUGUCAAAAUACUCAAGGGCCAGGAUUUGCCCGCUAAGGACUUUUCCGGCACUUCAGAUCCGUUUGUAAAACUAUACUUGCUGCCGGAUAAAAAGCACAAGUUGGAGACAAAAGUGAAAAGGAAGAAUCUCAACCCUCACUGGAAUGAGACCUUCCUUUUUGAAGGUUUUCCAUAUGAAAAAGUGGUCCAGAGAACGCUAUAUCUCCAAGUUCUCGAUUACGACCGCUUCAGCAGAAAUGACCCCAUUGGAGAGGUGUCCAUUCCACUGAACAAGCUCGACCUGGCCAACAUGCAGACCUUCUGGAAGGAGCUGAAACCAUGCAGCGAUGGCAGUGGGAAUCGCGGGGACCUUCUGGUGUCUCUGUGCUACAACCCCACAGCCAAUACCAUCACUGUGAGCAUCAUUAAAGCCCGAAAUCUUAAAGCCAUGGACAUCGGAGGCACCUCAGAUCCCUAUGUGAAGGUGUGGUUGAUGCACAAGGACAAGCGCGUGGAGAAGAAGAAGACGGUGGUAAUGAAGCGCUGUCUGAACCCUGUGUUUAACGAGUCCUUCCCCUUCGAUGUGCCCGCCCACGUGCUGAGGGAGACCACCAUCAUCAUCACCGUCAUGGACAAGGACAAGCUCAGUCGCAAUGAUGUCAUAGGAAAGAUUUACCUCUCAUGGAAAAGUGGCCCCGCGGAGGUAAAACACUGGAAAGACAUGAUGGGGCAUCCUCGCACCGCUGUGGCCCAGUGGCACGCCCUCAAAGCCUGA